AUGCGCAAUAGCGUUCUCCUCCCGCAGUUCUUCCUACCACCAUCUGCUAUUACGCUGGGACGUUUCGUCACCAACAUUGACGAGCCUCACCGAGAUUACCUUGAUCCGAGACCAGGGAAGAAUUUCCGUAUUAUCGAGAAAGUUGCAACCCAGUACGACGGCGCCGACUCUCUUAGGGCCCAACGUAAAUUUGGUUCUGAGCUUACCGCCUUCCUUUCCUCCACCGUAUCAAGCCGUACGAAUGCCUCGAUUCACAUCAAGACGAAACAAGUGAAGACCUAUUACCUGGACAAUAAUGGACAGUGGUUCCGGGAUGUUGUCAAAUCGGAAGACGUCCGGAAGUGGGUUGAACGUACCAUCGAUGAGGGGGAGGAUAUAUAUGUUGUGGUUGGUUACCACACUGUUUUGGAUGCUCAAAUUGUAGAGCAAUCAAGGGAGCAGAAGCUUCUAGAUGGAAAUUUAGCUGUGCCAGUUUCGAGUGCCUUAUUGGCAUCUGGAGUGGUUAUGCCAUUUGGUGAACUAGCUGAUCCUAGAAUAGCCGGGUGUAGUGGGCAGGCGGAAGACUUGCAACGGCAAUUUGUUGCCGAAGGCGAACAAAUUAUCGCGGUGCAAUAUCGCAAGGUCCGAUUUCGGGUUUUUUCAAGCAAAAGCGUUGACAAUGCAACGCUAGCUAAAGAGGCGAGAUGGGAGAGAUAUGACCGCCCUCGUUACCUUCAAAGCGACAUGGAAGACAUGGUAGAGGUCGCGCUGGAUGAUGAUUUGUCACUUGAAGGUGAACGUGACAAGUAUCUUGCUGGGCCGGAGGAAAUGGUCUUUUCGACUAUUGGCGUUGACUAG